AUGUCCUUAACCCGACCUAUCUCUCACGCUCCCCUCCCAAGAAGAGAUAAAAACCGAAAAGCAGCAGGCUUUAACAAACAAACGAGAAACACCACCCAGCAAGCUCAGGGUCAUGGUGCCAAAGGGGACAACAUCUACGAGUUCCAGAUCGAGUUCCUAGAACCGGUUGAGCCCAAACCUGUGUGCAGGGUGACUCAAAGGCAGCUGAACAUCACUGUGCAGAAAAAAGAGAGUAACUGGUGGGAGAGACUCACCAAGCAAGAGAAGCGCCCGCUCUUCUUGGCUCCUGACUUCGACCGCUGGUUGGAUGAAUCUGAUGCUGAAACUGAGCUGAGGGAGAAGGAAGAAGAAAAGAUUAACAAAAUGAAAAUAGAAUCCAGAGUCCCAAAAGACCCUUUCAGACACCUGAAGAAAGGAUACUUAGUCAUGUAUAAUCUGGUACAGUUUUUGGGAUUCUCUUGGAUUUUUGUGAACAUGACAGUACGACUGUUCAUCUUAGGAAAAGAUUCCUUCUAUGAUACAUUUCACACUAUUGCUGACAUGAUGUAUUUCUGUCAGACCCUGGCAAUCAUGGAGAUUGUGAAUUCCCUCAUAGGACUAGUCAGAUCACCACUGGCACCUACUGUAAUGCAGGUAUUUGGAAGAAGCUUUAUUUUAUUUGUUAUCCUUGGCGGCCUAGAGGAAAUGCAGAGCAAACCUGUGGUGUUCUUUGUAUUUUAUUUCUGGAGUAUCAUCGAGCUCUUUAGGUAUCCAUAUUACAUGCUUUCAUGCAUUGGUAUUGAAUGGAAACCACUGACCUGGCUCCGUUACACUGCCUGGAUCCCUCUCUACCCCUUAGGAGGCUUAGCAGAAGCUGUCUCUAUCAUUCAGUCCAUUCCAAUCUUCAAUGAAACAGGGAAGUACAGUCUGGCAUUGCCAAACCCACUGAACGUCACAAUCCAGUUUUCAUUUUUGCUUCAAAUAUGCCUUAUAGCCUUGUUUUUAGGGGUAUUUCUAAACUACCGUCAUCUCUACAAGCAAAGGAAACAGCACCUUGGACCAAAGAAGAGAAAGAUGAAGUGAAGGACUGCAGUGCUUUCUUAUCAAACUUCUCUCAAUUACAAGAUAAGCCUCUAAUUCUUAUGGUUUUACUCCCUGUAAUGUAAAGAAUUUUGUAAAAUUAAAUGAUCUCAUUAGAUUUCGUGAUUUCAUAGUGAAUUCAGGUAACAUUCCCAUGGUCUGUAUUUUGUUCCCUCUUAAUCACCUGUGCAUGACAUUUACCAGUGAACAGUAACACUUAAACUUGUAUCCUGUCAACUACCAUAUUAGAAAGAAAUCCUAUUAUCUGCAUAUAAUAUGCUUAUGAACAGUGGAGCAGCACUAAAUAGAAAUAGUGUUUUAUCUUUUAAUUGGAGGUUUGCUCUUUCACUCUUGCAUGCAGAUAGGCCUUCUGAUGUUGGGAUAUCCUGUUAGCUGGCCCUGCUGUUCCUUGGGUCCAUCUUGGUGACAGGAGGAGCACAGUCUGA